UACUUUGUGCUGCUGUUAUGUCUUCAGGCAUUGUCUGGAACACUGAUCUGGUGGAAACUCUGGAGCUGCAGAAUCUGAUGUUGAACGGAGUGCAGACAAUCGUCUCCGCUGAGGCCCGUACAGAGAGCAGAGGAGCUCAUGCCCGCGAGGACUUCAAGGACCGUGUGGAUGAGUACGAUUACUCUAAGUCUCUGCAGGGACAAGUGAAGAAGCCUUUCGAGCAGCACUGGAGGAAACACACACUGUCCUACGUGGAUCCCAAGACAGGAAAGGUUACUCUGGAAUACAGACCUGUGAUUGACAACUCUCUGAACGCAGAGGAAUGUGCUGCCAUUCCCCCUGCAAUCCGCUCCUAUUAAACACAUCCCGACUCCGCCCGUUUGCUUAUUUAUAAUCAGCCAAUAAAUAAAUGAAUAUCUUGCAUUUGACAAGCUGCACUUCAUUAAAAUAUGACCACAUAAAACUCGCUGAAAUAUAAGAGCAAAUAAUAAAGCUGCACUAGUCAGACUCCAUGUUAAAGAUUCAGCUGUGUGAUAUUGGUGUAUCUUCUCUAAAACACAUCCAUCACAUUUGCUCUAAACCAUGCUGGUGAGUAAAUCAUUAAAUAUUUAAUAUUUAAAUGUCGAAUGAUUGUCAUUAUGCUGUCAAGAAGCGCUUUGCACCUUGUGAAAAAUAGAUUAAACUAGUAAACAACUUGA